AUGCCGUUCAACGAACUCCAGCGGCGAGAUUCGUGGCCACCAACCAUACUACAUAUUCGAGAUAAUCAUAACCAAAACACCGACACAUACGAUGCAACUGCGAUUGAUGAGAAUCCUUUCUCGUACUUCCUCACAUCGCCAGAAGAUCUAGAUGACUUUGAUGAUGAAGAUCUUUCCGCCGGCAUUGAAUCGUCGUCCACCUCCAAACCAGUGAUUCGCGAAAUCUCGCCAUCAUCACUACAACGAGUCCCACUUAUAAUCGAGGAAGACGAAGACGAAGAAUCGUCUUUCAUAAUGCCACUAUCUCUCAAAGACUUUACAACAAAGCACAUCAGUGGCCGCAAAUCGCGAACAGGAUACCACAAGGGCGUAACAGGCCUAGGAAUAUCGAUCCCCGAAACCGCAUCCACGCGUGGCCGUGCUCGAGUCAAACUCGCACCAACUCGCGCAGCUGGACAAGGUCGUGGAAGGGCACGAACUCUAAGUGCAAGACGCCCGCAGAGCUGGAGUAUGCCGAGUCCUGAUAUUUUCCCGAUCGAGGAGGAGAAUGAGGAUGAGGUUCAAGUCGCAAGCCAGAAGACACCCGAGAUUGUGGUCACCACGCCAGACGAGAGACAUAUCUACCAUCUUGCUCCCGCGGCCUUCAAGCCGAAAAAGAAGAAGAGAGUUCAUUGGGCAAUUUGA